GCGUGACCAUGACGUCAUCGGGAAGCGGCUGUGACGUUUUGUUUUGUCUCGUUUAGCAGCAGGCGGAGAUCAUUUAAAUGUCACAUAAAAUACAGACUGCUGACUGUGGAAUGCGUCUCUUCAUAUAAGCUGUCCUGGGAUGACUUCAGAGGACAUCAAGCUCAUCAUUGGAUAAAACAUCAUACAGUGUGGCAUAUUUCAAUGUUCAAGUGUUUUGAAUGUCUUUAACACUGGCGGCUAUGAGUGACAGCGCAGUGACCAGAGACCAGCAGCGGUUGUUGGGGUCCAAGCAGAUAUCACAUCAUUCCCCGGGCCCCUAUAUCUCGAUAAUUACCAACAGAACCACCAACCUGGUCAUCAGAGGGGCCAUGCUGUUCUCCGUGGGCGUCUUUCUGGCCUUGGUGCUAAACUUACUUCAAGUGCAGAGAAACGUUACUCUCUUUCCCCCAGAUGUCAUCAGCAGUAUCUUCUCAUCUGCCUGGUGGGUGGCGCCCUGCUGCAGCACAGCCUCAGCAAUGAUUGGGCUCUUGUACCCAUGCAUCGACAGCCGUCUGGGUGAGCCACAUAAGUUCAAGCGGGAAUGGUCCAGCGUGAUGCGAUGUGUGGCUGUGUUUGUGGGUAUCAACCACGCCAGCGCUAAAGUGGACUUUGCCAAUAACAUCCAGCUGUCUCUGACGCUGGCCGCACUCUCUAUUGGCCUCUGGUGGACCUUUGACCGUUCUCGCAGUGGCUUCGGCCUGGGAGUCACCAUCGCUUUGCUGGCAACUCUGGUGACCCAACUCCUGGUCUACAACGGAGUGUUUCAGUAUACUUCUCCCGAUUUCCUUUACAUUAGAUCCUGGUUACCUUGCAUCUUCUUUGCCGGGGUGAUAACUAUGGGAAACAUCGGGCGGCAGCUAGCCUUGUAUGAAUAUAAAAUCAAUCAGGAAAAGACCCAUCAGGACUGAGGGAUGUCGUGGUCCCAUCAGGACUCUGCUCACAGUGACAUUCUGGGGCCUGCAGCCUGGAGCCGGCAGCGGCUCAGCAGCUGUCAUACCUACGCAGCAUUGAUCAGGACUGGAGGAUGUGGAUGAUGGCAAUCACACGCAGCACACGAGUUGUCUUCCCAGUGCGCCGCCUGGUGCUUUUCGUUUUGCUGUUUGGACGAGACAGUAUGUUUGACUGACUUUCUUUGCCCAGCUGUGAUCUUGAGGCGAUGCUAGACUACUUUAUAGACUGAACGGAGCUGAGCUGAAGAAUGUGUGGAGUUUCUUCUCCUUUUGGUGCAGUUUAUCUCUACUUACCUGGAGAAAGGAUUAGCGCCACGCUAUCGGUCUUUGGCUCGGUUGUGCCAAACACAGACACAGGAUCAGUUAUUAACUCUCCUUAUCUGCUAAUGCUUAAUAUCUUUUACAUGUCAGCAGAGAAUACACUAGUUAUCUCACAUAUGGAAAGAUAUAUAUCAGUGACCCUUUUUUAAAAAAUUGUGCAUAAUUUGCUCAGUUUCACAAUUUUAUUUGAAGGAAUGGUAACAUGACUUGUAUGAAUGCGUUACCCGCUGAGAGGACAUCAGGUGUUCACAUGAUGUAUCUGCAAGAUUAGACACUGAUAAGAAAGUGAAAAUGAAAGGAUAAUGUUUUUCUUAGGGGGGUGGGUGAGGGGAGUGCCAUUAUUUUGGCUCUUUACAAAGAUAUUGAGUUCCUCCCAAAAUGCUGUCAUCUGUCAUGAGAGAUAAACAUUUGUGGGACAUCAGCUGAACAUAUUUUCUUAAAAUGCUUCAGUUGGUGAAAUGCUUUAUGUUUAAAAAGAACUCUUUCAGGGAGUAGUAUUUUUCUAAAAGUAUUUAGCCUUUUGGAAUGACACUGUAAAAGCUGUGUCAGUUCUCUUCAAAAACAAGAAAGUUAAUAAUUAUGAAUAAGUUAAUUUAAAAAAUCUUGAAGGCAAUAUAAUUUGGACAUCAUCUUGUACGAUUUUUGCAAUUAAUGUUAAAGAGGAACUAUGCAACUCUGGUCAUUUUUUUUUAAUGUUUCAUCAUUGUGUUUUUUGGUCACAUUUUUCUCUACAGAGCUUCUCCUACAGUUCAGGAGUACAUAUGUCACAAAACUGUUGUAAAAAUGCACUGUGUGCCCUCCCCCUUCCAUUCUUUCCUCGCUGACCAUGUGCAUUUGUUUAUAAUGGAGCCAAUGAACGCGAUCCAUGAACCAUGUCAAGAAAGCAACAAUAUAGAGGAAUGACAGAACUGAGAAUUUACUUCGAUAUACUUAGAAGUGUAACAACAAGAACACUAUGUCUGAAUCUGUUUUGCAUGCCUCUAUCUUUUAGCUCUUGCUAUUCCACGGAAGACCAAUUGAGGUUGACCUGUGUGUGACACCUCGCUCUGUCACAUGGUCUUUCUCUCUUGCUUGCUUCCUCCAAUGACAACCCCCCCCCCCCCCCCUCCAAAAUUGCAAGGCUGGUUUUUUGUUACAAGAUGCUUGGUGGUGCAAUUAGUCCCAAAAUGUAAAAUUAAGGGAAAAAUAUUGCAUAGCGCCUCUUUAAUGAAGAAUUUGUAAAUGUACUGCAGACGCUAUUGACUGGAAUGUUGUUAUAGAUUACACAGACAGUUUGCAUAGGCAGGUCCAUAAGUAUUUAGACUUUGUUUGUCUCUAUAUGCCAUCACAGUACAGUUAAAAUGGAACAAUCAAGAUGUGCUUAAAGUGUAGACGUUCAGCUUUAAUUCAAACAAAAAUAUCGUACUGACUGCUCUUAUACAGAGUCCUGCUGUUGUCAGGGGCUAUAAAUAAUCAAACAACCAGGAGCAUCUGUAACACCCCUUUCCUCAAAUGUGUGUGUAUAUUGGGUGUGGGGUGGGAGGGAUGCAGUUACAAAAACUGAGUGAAUAGGAUUAAUGUUUAAGAUGCAGUCUAUAAAGUGUUCAGUCUGUUAAGAAUCCUGACUACUAUUUAGAAAUUUUCUCAAAAGUUUGGUCUGUUUGUUGAGCUGCUGGGGGGGGCCAUUGAACUGAUUUGUAUAUCGGCUAAGAUGGCUGGCUGUAUAACUUAAGGACUUACUUAGUUGUAGAAAACAGUGAGUUAUGUUGUUUUUAAGAAAACAAAAACCUCUAAAAAGCAGUGUUUAGUAAUAAUUUCUUUGAAGGUGUGAAAAGCACACCUUCAUUGUGUUUUCACAGUGGAAUGGUUUUAUAUAUAAAAGAGUUUUAUCAGUUCAUCCAUGUCAUCUGAUACCUGAACAUGUACAAUUUGUUUUACUGUAAUAAAGAAGACUUUGUUUUUGUA